AUGGUGCAUCGCAAACAACAGCGAUCGCUCCAUCAACAACAACAGCAACAGCAGCAACAACAAUCGUCACAACAAAACGUACGGAAGUCAGUGAGUGUGAUGGGAAGCAGGCGCAUAUUUGCACCGUCCUUUAAGCUCAAGGUCCUUGAUUCUUAUAGGCAUGACAUCGAUUGUCGUGGCAAUCAACGCGCUACAGCUAGAAAGUAUGGCAUACAUCGCCGACAGAUACAAAAGUGGCUUCAAUGCGAAGAUAAUUUGAGAAACAGUUGCGCCGAAACUAAUAAUUCGAACUCUAUAGUAUCAGCUUCGUCACCGUCGUUGUCCUCUUCUUCUUCUUUAUCUUCCUCCUCGUCGCCGACGUCAACGACAACGGUGAUCUCGAAACAACACGACGUAACACUGUCGACAUCGGAAGGGGCUGCGAUGCCCGGCGUGACUCCAGCGGUGCCGGCGCCGGCCUUGAACCUCGGUCUCGCCAGACUGCACGGCGACGAGUCGACCGUCCGGCCCCCCCUACCUCUUCUUCCGUCACGUCCUCUUACUCGAGAUUCGCCCUCGUCACCACGGUACACGCAUUCAACAUCCGAAAUCGUUCCAUCGGCUACGACCACAACCACAACGACGAUGACCAUCGUUGAUGGGUAUAGUAAUGGGCCACGUGAUCAACACCAACGUUCAGGAUGUCACGGCGAAAUCGAAAAUGAAUCGAUGCAUCAAAUUUCCGCGUUGAACGAACGCGAAAGGAACUUUUACGAUUGGAAUAGUAGUAUCGAGGAACAACGUAAGCGUCAUUUUGAAAGUAAUUCCCAUUACGAUAUCGUCAACGAGUCUAAAUUAUACGGAACGUUCAAGAAUUCUUUCCGAUCGAGUAUUCAAGAUUUCCCAUUCCAAUUGAUGGAAACCGCUGCGUCAACGAUUACCAGUAGUCCUACUACUACUCCUGGUAGCGUCGAUUCAUCCUCAAUGGACGGAAUUGCUUAUUGUAGAACGAUAACGCCGUCAAUGGUAAAAACGGAAUGUUCAAGCCCAGUCAUCGCGGCUGCCUGGACGGAACAUCCAGCACCUAUCUCUCCUAAGAAAGCUACGCGAGUAGCAGGUGUUAACGAUUGCUACGGUGGAAGUAACACGUCCACCGUCGUUCUUUUAAAUGAAUCUUUAUAUUCGAACAAGUGUUCCGAGUCAAUUGGAAAAAGAAAUCGUAUGACUGUAUUAGAAUUAGAAAAUAUGGAAGAUAAAAGACGAAGGUUAUUCUGUGACGUCAGAAUCAAGAAGGAAGAGAUAGACGAGGAGGAAGAGGAAGAAUCAAGGUUACCCGGAGAAGAAGAGACCCGCGAAGGGGACCGGGUGCCGUCAUUUUGCAUCGAUUCUCAUCCAGCAGGACGGACUACGUUUCCCGUUGACUCUAGGAGUCCCGAUGACGAUCAAGAGGGAAUCUAUUAUUCCGAGCCUGGAAGUAUUUCAGCGAGAUCCAGUAGCGGCAGUUGUUCGGACAGCGAAAUGGAAAGCCUAGUCGAGUAUUGUCAAUCUAACGAAACUAGGACUUCGUCGAACGAUUUAGGCCGACGAAGAUCCUUCUCUUUGCGUUUCAAACUCGACGUAUUGGAUGCUUUCCAUCAGGACAUAGGAGUGGCAGGAAAUCAACGUGCAACCGCGAGGAAGUUUGGCAUUAAUCGUCGCCAGGUACAAAAGUGGCUCGGCCAGGAAAGCGAGUUAAGAGGCGAAAUUGCAUUGAGGGGUAACGCUAGACAAAGAUUAGGUCCGAGCCAAGAACAAACGAUCAUUUCGUUAGACUUUCCAGUCGAUUUGAGAACAAAUUAUUCCGUUUCGCCUAUUGCCGAGGAGGAAUGCGUUGAUGUAGAGUACAUUGAACGAUCUAUGCCAUUUCACGUUUUACCGAAUCAACAAAGUGGUGAUUGUUGCGAAUGGGCAUCCCCGUCGUCGACGUCUCUUCCAAAUAAUCGGCCAACUAAUUUAUCACCAGAAAUCCUAUUAGAAUCAUCGAGGAUUUGUACAAGAUAUUCGUGUUGCAUGGAAGGAUCAAAUUCAUCUUGUUAUCAAGAGCUACGUUCCUCCCGAGGAUCAUCCUAUACGGAUUCCGUAACCGGACUAUCGUCCCAUUGUUAUUUAUCACCACGAGAAUACAACGAAACUGGGCCGGAGGAAUCGCCAAAUAAACGACGACGAUGUACGGCUACGUUAUCCUGUUGUUACGAUGAAUUUAUUUUUACCUCACCGAAAGGAUCUAUUCGCAUGGAUACGGAUGAAACCCCGCCGCAGGAGGCGCCACUCUGUCUGGUCAAGCAAAAAAGAUGCUUAGAUUUCUCUCCGUCGCUAGUAGAACCAGUCACGAGUACUGUUCCAACUCCUCCAAUCUCGCAGCAAGUACAACCACAACCACAACCACCAUCAGCACUACCACCAUCAACAACAACAACAACUAAUAGUAAAGAUGCCAUACUCUUCAAGCCUUACUUAGACAAUCCUAUAAGUAAACCUAGCAAGGAGAUUGGUGUUAAUCGCGAUCCCUCACCUUUCGGAACUCACAAUCUUCUUAACCACGACAAUAACAACUGCCAGAGUUUAUGCAAUCUAAACGAGGACCGAAUUGGGCAUGGUUACGCUAUCGAACUCAAUCUUAAAGUACCGUUGUCUUGGAGGAAUCAGAGUAGUAGUACACUGUACCCCGAUUUCCAUCCUAUAAGAAGCGCAUUCGUUAGGUAUCCGACUAGUAGUCCACACUUCAUCUAG